UAUAAAUACUCCCUUUUCAUUGAAAACGAAGUCAAAUCGCAAAAUGAAAACAAUUCUGUUUAUUUUCAUCGCUGCAACAGGAGUUUUCGUUUGUGCUGAAAAAUAUACUACUAAAUACGAUAAUGUUGAUAUUGAUACUAUAAUCAAAAGUGAUAGAUUGCUGUUAAAUUACGUUAAUUGUCUUUUGGACCGAGGAAAAUGUACACCUGAUGGCUUGGAGUUGAAAAAAGUUCUUCCUGAUGCGCUUUUGACAGAUUGUACAAAAUGUAGCGAAACCCAGAAGAAGGGAAGUAAAAAAAUAAUACGUUACCUAAUUGAUAAUAAACCAAACUGGUAUAAUGAAUUGGAAGAGAAAUACGACAAGGAUGGAACAUAUAAGAAAAAAUACGAAAAAGAAUACGCAACAUUUCGUUCCUCCAGAACCGAAGAAAAAUAUACGACAAAAUAUGAUAACAUCAAUAUUGACGAAAUUAUUAACAACGAUAGAUUACUGAGAGGAUACGUGGAUUGUCUUUUGGGAACUAAAUCUUGUACUAAAGAAGGAGAAGAGCUGAAAAAGGUUUUCACGGAUGCAUUGGAUACUAAAUGUGCCAAAUGUAAUGACAAGCAAAAAGAAGCCGCGAAGAAAAUAGGUAAACACCUCAUACAAAACAAAAGAUCAUGGUUUGAUGAGCUUGUAGCAGCUUUUGAUCCAGAACACACCAAACUGGAGUUCUACAAAGAAGAUCUUGAAGCUGAAGGAAUUAAACUUUAAAUGAAUAAAUGAAUACCUGGGUUUUUAUUACAUUAUAAUUUCAGUCAACUUGUUUGGUUUAAUAAAUUUGAUCAUUUACA